CUGUAUCAAUGUAAUGCAAUGUAUUGUUAAUUGGCCAUGAAGCACUGUGCCAGAAUGACAAACAAUCUGCUGCUUCCGUCACAGCCUCACAAUCACAGUGACUUUCUCUUUCCUCUUAUAACGGAUGAUAAUUGAGAAGGGACAACUAAAACAAAGCUUACAAAUGAAUAAUGUUGUUUUAUGUUACAUAGUCAUAGUACUAUAUUCUUACGCUAUUCACUACUCUCUCAACCUUAGUUGAUACACACCCUUCUUCUCCCUUCUCGCUUCCAACAUGGACAUCGAUUCCUCAGGAGCCUCCACUUGGCUCUAUGAUUAUGACUUUGAUAUCUCAGUUGAUGGAGUUGACUUCAUGGCUGCAGACUCUGGUGGUUUCAGCUGGGUGCCUCAGAGUCACACCUUCAAGGGUCCUUCAAAUAUGAGUUUGGAAAUGGAUUACUCACUGGAUUCAACUGUCCUGGAAAAUGGCCCUUCAAAACGGUUAAGGUCUGAAUCAUGUGCAUCUGGCUCCAAGGCAUGUCGUGAGAAAUUGCGAAGGGAUAAACUAAAUGAGAGGUUUCUGGAAUUGAGUUCUAUCUUGGAGCCUGGUAGGCUGCCCAAAACAGACAAGGUUGCUAUAUUAAGUGAUGCGGUUCGAGAGGUAACCCAAUUAAGAAAUGAAGCCCAGAAGCUGAAGGAAAUGAAUGACGAAUUACUUGCAAAAAUUAAAGAAUUGAAGGCUGAGAAGAAUGAGAUUCGUGAUGAGAAGAAUAGACUCAAGGAAGACAAAGAAAAGUUGGAGGAACAGGUCAAGUUGUCAAAUGUACAACCCAGCUUCAUGCCUCAUGCCCCGGAUGCUAAAGGGCAAGCUGCUAGCCACAAGCUGGUACCUUUCAUUGGUUACCCUGGAUUUGCCAUGUGGCAGUUUAUGCCCCCUGCUGUAGUUGAUACAUCAAAGGAUCAUCUGCUUCGACCUCCAGUUGCAUAAAGUGGUUAGCAUCCACUUAUUUGUUGUCUGUGUGCUUGUAUUAUAAUUUUGUCCAAGUUAUUCAUCAUGUCCUUAUUGUGUGUUUUCUAAAAUCACAUGCUGAAAGUGUGCUCGGAAACUGGUUAAUAAGAUAAAUUUGUGCUACUACUAUCUAAAUUGUAAUAAGAAAAUGAUUUAUGUCAUGGUUACAAA